UGUUUAUUCUACGUUUCUUAUUCUACUACUGUACUACAUAAACAACUACACAUUCGUCUUUUGAUCUUUGUUUUCGCACCCCUGGAGAUUUUCUUGAUACUGUUUGCUGCAUGAAGAUGCUCAAGGACCCUGAACACCAAGUUGCUGGUCACAUGGCUAAAGAUGGGAGGCUUGGUCCGCUCGUGGACGGAGAAGGCCGAUUCUUCAAGCCAUUUCAGAGUAAUGGUCGUGGGGAAAACGAGGCUAAGUUCUACGAGUCCUUCUCGUCCAACAAGAAUGUUCCGGAUCAUAUCCGUGGAUAUUUCCCCGUGUAUCACGGCACUCAAGUAGUGGAAGCAUCUAAUGGAUCUGGCAAGCUUCCACACAUAGUUCUUGACGAUGUUGUUUAUGGUUACCCAAAUCCCUCGGGAAUGGAUGUUAAGAUUGGAUCUAGGACAUGGUACCCGGGUGUAUCCCAACAGUAUUUCAACCAAUGCCUAAAGAACGAUAGAGAGACCACCUCCGUUUCCUUGGGGUUUAGGCAUGCUGGUUUUAAGAUUUUUGACCACCAAGAAUCGAGGUUUUGGAUAGUCGAGUACAAGGUUGUUCAUGGGUACAAAGUCGAUGAUGCUAGAUUAGUUCUAAGGAAGUUUGUGUCAUCGAACUCGCUAGCUGACUCGAUACCAGACUGUGCAUUUGCCUCGGAAGUUUAUGGCAGUUCUAGUGGGAUAUUAGCGCAGUUAUUAGAGCUUAAAGCUUGGUUUGAAACUCAAACGCUAUACCAUUUCAGUUCUUGCUCGGUUUAUAUGUUUUAUGAGAAUGAAUCGAUUUUGAUGAAAGGAGGAGAAGGUGCGCGGGCACAAGUAAAGCUGGUGGAUUUUACGCAUGUUCUUGAUGGAAAUGGUGUCGUCGACCAUAAUUUCUUGGGUGGACUCUCCUCUUUUAUCAAAUUCAUCCAAGAUAUACUUGAGAGCUAGGACAACAGCGAUGAAACAGAUACUUCUAGUUCUGAAAAUGGAAACUAAGGAUCAUUCAUGUUUUCCCUUCAAUUGUAUAAUACUUUUGGUAUACCAACCGAACCAAACCAUUGUACUGUACUUCUCACUUGAGGAUUAACCAAAUCUCC